AUGGCAGACUUCCAGACCAUCGCCCAGCAAUUCACCGAAUUCUACUAUAAGACCUUCGAUGAGAACCGGCAGGCGCUAGGAGCACUCUACCGCGAGAACUCUAUGCUCACAUUCGAGAACUCUCCGACUCAGGGCGCAAUCAAUAUUGUUGAUAAGCUCACGUCGCUACCAUUCCAGCAAGUGCGGCAUCAGGUCUCGACGCUCGACGCGCAGCCUUCCAAUGAGGCCAACGGUAUUCUAGUCUUGGUCACUGGUGCACUGCUGGUCGACGAAGAGCAAAAGCCGAUGAGCUAUACACAAGCGUUCCAGCUGCUGCCGGACGGAGCGGGAAGUUUCUUCGUGUUCAACGACGUCUUCCGGCUUGUCUACUCUGCGGCAUGA